AUGGACGCAGGCAAUGAUUCAAAUACCAGCUCAACUGGGAGAAACUGCAUUCAAAAGUCACUGUCCUGUUACAACCUAAAGUCAGGCACAACAACGACAAAUAUUGAAAUUGUAAAGAACAUUAACAAGAACAUCAAUGCAGUUAGUCAUGAAUCCGAUGACAGCCUAAACAACAACAACAACAACAACAUUUGCGCUGAUAAUAACAGCAGCAGCAACGGAAGCAAUAACGUGGUCCGCAUCAACUCAAUCCAAAUGAAGAAAAACUCCAUUGAGUCUAACAUUAGUCGACACGAGUCGCUAAUUGUGCCGAAGAAGGAGGACAGCUUCCUCUACGGCGGAAGGAAGCCAGUAGUCCUCACCACUGAGCAGUUCCCAGUGGUGAACGCCAACGACUGCCAAUCGAAGCCUAUCAUCUUCCUCUCAAAGAGUUCUCAGGUGCGACCCAAUGUGUACAACGUACUGCAGCAGGCGUACACUAACGGCGUUAAUGGACAGAUUAAGCUGUCCAACAGCCAGUCCUCUUCACUGGUGGGCGGUGGAAACAACCCUGCCGUCUGCACUCGAAAGACAUCCAGCGUCAGUCUUGGCUCUAACGGCAGCAGCUCCAUCAUCGAGGGACCCAAUCAUCUGGGGCAGAAACGAACUGUCAUUCAGGCCUCCACCUCUGAAUUGCUGCGUUGUCUGGGUGACUUUCUGGUGCAUCGGUGCGGCAAACUGACAAACCUGCAACCCGGAGAUGCUGUCGUUUGGCUUCGAUCGGUGGACCGGUCUCUGCUUCUGCAAGGAUGGCAGGACAUGGCCUUUAUCAACCCAGCAAACGUAGUCUUUCUGUACAUGCUGCUGCGUGAACUGGUCAGCGAGGACAUUGAAACUGAGCAAGAACUACAGGCCAUAGUGCUCUCCUGCCUCUACCUGAGCUAUUCGUACAUGGGCAAUGAAAUAUCCUACCCUUUGAAGCCGUUUCUCGUGGAACAGCACGAAAGCAGAGAGAACUUUUGGGAGCGGGCAAUUUACAUUAUCAACAAUCUCAGCGGAAAAAUGUUGAAAAUCAACAGCGAGCCAUCGUACUUCACCGAAAUAUUCACCGAACUAAAGGACUGCCACAAGUUAGUUGACUCGCCUACUUCCAAAUCGCCGCCCAAGCUGAGCAAUAAAGCAACUACACUGAGCAACAGCCACUCUACCAGCAGCCACAACAAUGUGAUUAAAAGAAGCCAGCUGCCGUCAAAGGCCGUUUCGAUGAUGCCCAGUGUGGUGGUACAGCAGCCACCAGCGGUCAUGGCUAGCUAG